UGGGCACUGGUGGGUGGCACUGGUGGGCACAGGUGGGUGGCACUGGUGGGCACAUGUGUGUGGCACUGCUGAGUGGCACAGGUGUGUGGCACUGCUGGGUGGCACAGGUGGGUGCACUGCUGGGCACAGGUGGACACACUGCUAGGCAUAGGUGGGUGCACUGCUGGGCACAGGGGGGCGGAACUGGUGGGUGGUACUGCUAGGCAGCGAUCAUCAGGGCACUGAUCAUCAGUGCCCUGAUGAUCGGUGCCGAUCCCUGCUCUGACAACUGCUGAUUCUCGGCAGUACUUUCCUCACGCUCUGACAACGUGAGGAAAGUGCAGCCGAGAACCGACAAUUGCAU